AUGUCGUAUCCCUAUAAUAAUAGCACCGGUGCACCCGAUUUUCAUUUAAAAUCUUCGACAAUAUCUAAGGAAUUUAAAGUGAAUCUGAUGCGAUUUCCAAAACCAGUGGACUUGAAUAAAUUUACCCCGCCAGUAAAGCUAUAUCGUGGAGAUCCUAAUGCACCACAUCCGUCACAAGUUACAACAGCCCCUGCCAACAACAAUGCGACAAAUUCAAGCAGCGGUGGAGCUGCUGCCAGCAGUAAUAGUAAUCAAGGGAAGAAUAAUUCAACCACUGGAGCCGAUACAUCUAAAAUUGCUCCUUAUGGAGGUGCUACGCGAAAUAAGCAAAUGUUGUUCAAGAAACGCACUAAACAGAUCUAUUUGGCGUCAAAGGAAAGUAGGAAGUUAAAACAGGAGGAAGACAAGCCGUGGAUUUUGACGGAUUACGAUGAUCAAAAUUCUUGGAUAGGUGAAAUGGAGGGAGGAAUCCGCGAAAAUCAGUAUGCUAUAUUCCUGCUCACGGAGGAUGGGUUUAAAGUGGUUCCUGUAAAUCGUUGGUACAAAUUUAAGCCAAAAAUAAAGCAUCGUACAUUAUCGCUUGAAGAAGCGGAAGAAGCGAUGACAAAAGCGAAAAAAAAGGAUGCGUCACGAUGGAUGAUGCACACGUUUAAACCUUCUGAAGAAGAUGAAAAAAUUAUCGCAGAGGAAGGAUUAUACGAUCCCAAAGCACAUUUACAACAGGCAAUGGAUGAGGAAGAGAAGGAGGCUGACAUCAAAGUUAAGAAAUCUAUUAGAAAAGCUACUAUUAAACGUGAAGAAGAGGAAGACAAUAAUUUACCUGAUUCAGAAGUAGAUGAUGAUUUGACCUCAGCCGGUAAAGAUUUAAAGAGAAUUGUACGUCAACAUGAUAGUAAUGAAGCAUAUAUCAGUGAUAAAGAUGAAGACCCCUAUGCAAGUAGCACUGAGGAAGAAGAUGCAACAGCAGAAACUAAAGAAGAUGGAGAAGACAAAAAUCAGUCUAAUCAAUCCACUAGUACAACUGCAGCCAAAACCACAACAGCUUCAAAAGGAAGUAAUGCUCCAAAGACACAAAAAACUCCAGCCACAUCAUCUGCAAAAAAACCAAAAACAACUCCAAAAGCAACAUCUGCAAAAGCUGGUACAUCAAGUUCUGAUAUUACUGCCAAAAAGAGAGCUGCACAAAGUUCUAAAGCAUCUCAAGGGCAAGGAGCUAAAGCUGUAGGUGCUGAGCCGUCCACCAAAAAAGUCAAGACAUCUUCACCUAAUCGUGCUGCUCCCGCUACUUCUUCAACCACUAGGGAUUUGACAUCAACAGGGACUCCGGCAAAAACUACAAAAGCUACAACUUUAAAAUCUGCAUCCUUCCCAGCCAUAGGUACACCUAAUCUUCCUACACGGCCUAUUGCAAACCCCAAGGUCGCUAGUGGUGCGAGUACUAGUAUUGCGUCAAAUCCUAGCACAUCAACAUCAAAAACCGCAAUUAUAAAACUAAAGCAGCGACCACAAGCAUCUCCAUCAGAUGAUGCAACUGCCAAGGUUGGUCAAAAAAAAAUCAGUGAUCAAGCAGGAUCUGCUAAAAAGGCAAAACAAGUUGUAUCUCAAACCUCAGUUGAUAAUUAUGCCGCUCCUCUAAAACGUAAUAUUGGCGAAAUGUCUUCUACGCCUAUCACAAAUGAUAAGUCCAAAAAGAUUAAAACCACACCAACCUCCAAAUCAGUUUCUUUAGCCACUACCGCUAGCACUACUACACAAAGAAAAACAACUGCGGCAUCAACUAUUAGUAAUAGUCAAUCACCGAUUACGAAUCCUAUAACCGAAACUGAAGUGAUUCGAGUUAUUAGAACGGGUGGUAUGACUACCAAGGAUCUCAUAGAAAAUUUCAAACCUAAAAUCAAAGCUGAUGCUCGUAAUAGGGAGAUCCUUUUAAAUUUAGUAAGGAAAGUUUCGGUUAUUGAUAAAGAGGCUAAACAGACAAAUAUUCUGAAACUGAAACCAACAAAACCGCAUGAUCAAUAA